GCAGACUGACCAUAACAGAUGCAAGGUCCAAUCGUCUACUGCUAAUUCAUCAGAAAAAGGCACAGUAGUUCGUGUUUUUGCUUCUUGAAAAUCUCAUUUGCUGUAGCUCAUUCGACAUUCCCGAUUCUGUCGACAAGCAUGGGACCAUCUGGGAACGGCACGGCAAAUGGAGGCACAGAAACGAGGACAAGCGAACUCGUACUCAGCAGCAAGACUCAGUCCCUGACCUCACAGGACCCACUCAAGCCAGCUCUGGGUGCGGAUACAAUGAAGAUAGUCCCACAGAAGCUGGUGGGACAUAAGAACUUUGUCAGGGAGAACCCGAAGUCGGACCGGUUCGUGGUGAAGGGGUUCCACCAUGUGGAGUUUUACUGCGGUGAUGCUCUCAAUGUGAGUCAUAGGUUUGCAUGGGCGACAGGCAUGCGUGAAACCUCGCAGUCGAACCUCACGACGGGUAAUCACCUUUACAGCAGUCGUGUGCUCCAAUCUGGCGACAUCACCUUUGUGUUCACAGCACCCUAUUCCAAGCAGUUAUGUGCCAAGGAGCUUGCCCCAGUGGAGCAAGGGCAAGAUGGCUUACCAGCUGUUCCGCAUCCUCACUUCAACCCAGAGAAUGCGCGUUCCUUCUUUGACAAGCACGGAGUAGCCGUGGCUGCUGUUGGGCUUCUUGUUGGGGAUGCAGCGACCGCCUAUGAAGAGAGCACCAAGCAUGGUGGCAUUGGCAUGCUCAAGCCCGUACGUCUUGUUGAUGCAACCACGGGUGGAGUGAUGGACAUCUCGGAGGUGGUGCUGUACGGAGAUGUUGUGCUUCGUUACGUGAGCACCCCUGAGAUGCCCUCUGAUGAAAAGAUCACGGAUGACGAGCAGCCGCCGCAAGAAGGUCUCAAGCCCUUUCAAGGUCCCUUCCUUCCCAACUACCGACCUGUGGAGGCACCCAUUUGCACACUUGGGUUGACCAGGAUUGACCAUGUUGUUGGCAAUGUACCCGAGCUUCUGCCUGCAGUCCAGUACAUUGCAAACAUGACAGGUUUCCACGAGUUUGCCGAGUUUAUUGCAGCGGACGUUGGAACCGUCGACAGCGGACUGAACAACAUGGUGAUGGCAAACAACAACGAGAUGGUGCUCAUGCCAGUCAAUGAGCCAACGUUUGGGACGAAGCGGCGGUCCCAGAUCCAAACGUACCUGGAACACAAUGAAGGGCCUGGGGUCCAGCAUAUUGCCCUUGCAUGCGAUGACAUCUUUCAUACGCUGAAGGAGAUGCGAGCGAGGAGCUCGAUGGGAGGAUUUGAGUUCAUGCCCAGAGCAUCAGAUGCGUACUAUCAGUGCCUGCCGGAGAAGUUCGGGGAGGACCUUACGCCGGAGCAGCUACAGCAAUGUAAAGAACUGGGCAUUCUAGUCGACAAGGACGAUCAGGGACUGCUGCUGCAGAUCGUCACAACGCCAGUCGGCGACCGGCCAAUGAUCUUCCUCGAGAUCAUUCAACGUGUCGGCUGUAUGGAGGUGGACCAAGACGGCAAAGUUGCGCAGAGAGGCGGUUGCGGAGGGUUUGGCAAGGGAAAUUUCACAUAUCUAUUCAAGUCGAUUGAAGAGUUUGAGAAAACGUUUGAAUGAAGGGGCAAUGAAUGUAGGAGUUUAUUUAGGGGAUGAAAUGGAAGGUGCUAGGGGUGAGGUUGUUGGUAGCAGAGUGUGAACAGAACACGGUUUCCUGAGGUGCACAGUGAAGACUCCGAGGAGUCGUGAGUGCAGGUUCUCCUGAAAAGCCCAAGCACUUUUUGACCGGAUAUUUGCCCACUUUCCAAUCCUUUCCAAUCUUCUCAGUGCUUUCGUAUUCGUCCCCGGCAAGGCCAGAAACAAGCUCAGUCGAAAUGCCACUGGGCAUCUGCUCCUCCAGCUGCAGAUUAUGCACAAGGGGUGCUGCACAUGUAAUCCUGCUUACCGGAGACUUGUAUGCUUGCCGGUCAUGGAACGGUUUAAGGCCUUUCGUUCUUUCCUUUGCCAGUUUGCCUUUCAUAUUGCUUCCCCGGAUCGUGAUGUGGCUCUUUCAGUGGUGUUGUUCAUAGAACGUGGAUUGUGACGCAACAUGUCGCGACACGGUCGUGGAAGCCUCGCCUUGAAAACGUAACACACACACACUACGGGACAUAGUUGCCUUCAAACCACACACUCUUAUGCUAAGCUAUGGUGUGUGCGUGCCUUCUAUCCUAGCUAUGACAACUUUCACUAUCGCUCUCACUGUCUGCCUGCCUUCGUCCAGCGCUGACACUCAAGAAGCAGUGCUCCAGCCUCAAAAUAACUCAAAGAUGGAUGAAUGCACAAUUAGUGGCAGGCCCAGCAUUUGUUGCUUUGCUUUGGCUUGGCCUGCCUCUUGUUGCCUCCUUGUGUGGCAGAAACUUCCCAAUCUGUUUGGCCAAGAUAUAUUGCAGGAUAGGCGUUGAUCACCCCCUGCGCCUUGUGGGGUGUGGAGGGACAGCCAAUAAUUGCGUGUUCUGCCAGCCAUCUCAGCUUUCAAUUGUCAACAGUCGCUAUGAAGUUUUGUCACCAAUAAGUAUGGCAUUGGUGCAUCCUUUAUGAGUCCAUGUGGAUUAGCUCACAGUGGUGAGCUUUUUGGACGAGGGCAGUCUAUCCCCUUUGACCUUCAAAGGGUAAUCAAUGCUGCCCGUCGUGUAAAUAUUUCUCAAUCAUGUUCACAUUCGAUUUGAUGGGAUGCAGGAACCGGUUUCCAGCAGGUGCAGCUCCCCACCAAUAUAUUGGAGCCUUGUUUUUCCUAAAGAAAAGAUAUAUUGCGGCCAGUUUGCCCUGACCUGGUGAGCCCCAGAAGCUUCCACAGACUGUAAUGAGCCCUAGGGUUGUGUGUAAUCUGUGGCUGUGGUGGACUCCUAAGAAAUGUUCGACUCUUUGACUCCUAGACAUCAUGGGCUUCCCGUAGUCUUCAUGCUCUGCGAAUUGCGUAAAACUUUCUGAUUGAUUGGAAGUAUUCAGUAAAUUUUACUCUAGUAG